AUGCAUUCUAAAGCAGUUAUCAUUGGUUCAGGUCCAGCUGGUCAUACAGCUGCACUUUAUUUAUCUAGAGCUACUAUUGAACCAGUAUUAUUUGAAGGUUUUUUAGCAAAUGGAUUUGCUCCAGGUGGUCAACUUACUACUACCACUGAUGUAGAAAAUUAUCCAGGAUUUCCAGAUGGAAUCUUAGGACCUGAAUUGAUGGCAUCAUUCCGUGCACAAAGUAUAAAAUUUGGUACAAAAAUUUAUACAGAAACGAUUACAAAACUUGAUCUGUCGUCACGUCCAUUCAAGUAUUGGCGUGAAGGAAGAGAAAACGAGGAAUCUGAUACAGCUGAUUCACUUAUUAUUGCAACUGGUGCUGCUGCUAAAAGAUUAAAUUUACCAGGUGAAGAUAUAUAUUGGCAAAAGGGAAUCUCUGCUUGUGCUGUUUGUGAUGGUGCAGUACCAAUUUUUCGUGAUAAUCCACUUGCAGUAGUUGGCGGAGGAGAUUCAGCAGCAGAAGAAGCGAUGUUUCUUACUAAAUAUGCAUCACAUGUAUAUGUCCUUGUUCGUAGAGAUAAACUUCGUGCAUCAAAAGUAAUGGCUAACAGAUUAAUGUCAAAUCAAAAGGUUACCAUCCUUUGGAAUACUAUUCCAAUAGAGUGCAAAGGAAAUGGUAAAUUGCUCAAAUCUUUGAUGACAAAAGACACAAAAACUGGCCUAGAAAAAGAAUUAGCAGUUAAUGGAUUAUUUUAUGCAAUUGGUCAUGCUCCAGCUACAGAAUUGGUUAGAGGUCAAUUGGAUUUGGAUGAAGAUGGCUAUGUUAUUACUAAACCUAAUAGUACCUAUACAAGUGUAGAAGGAGUUUUUGCUGCAGGUGAUGUACAAGAUAAGAGGUAUAGACAGGCCAUUACUAGUGCAGGAACUGGAUGUAUGGCGGCGCUAGAUUGUGAACGUUGGUUAAAACUCGAGUUAACCUUGGUUGGCUUACAAAAUAGCGGCAAAACUACUUUGGUUAAUGUAAUUGCUGUAAGAAGAUUUAGCGAGGAUAUGAUACCAACAGUAGGAUUUAAUAUGCGUAAAGUAACAAAAGGGAAUGUUACUAUGAAAUUGUGGGAUAUAGGGGGACAACCGAGAUUUAGAAGUAUGUGGGAAAGAUAUUGUAGAGGUGUCAAUGCUAUUGUAUUUGUAGUAGACUCUGCAGACCAUGAAAAAUUAGAAGCUGCAAGAACUGAAUUACGCAGUCUUUUGGACAAACCUCAACUUGCAAACAUUCCAGUUUUAGUAUUAGGAAAUAAAAAUGAUUUACCAAAUGCUUUACCUGUCGAAAAGCUUAUUGAAGAAAUGUAA